AUGAAGGCAAUGUUGGAUGUCCUUGGAUUUCUCGCUGCUGCUUCAACGUAUGCUCAGGUUUUGCAACAGUUUAAAGAGAGAGCAUUGAAAAGAGCUGAAUUGGCAGAUUCAGAAGACAUGAAAGUACAGGAAAAUGCAGUUAUCGCGCUACUCAACUUAUCAAUUACUGACAUCAACAAGUGGUCGAUAGCAAAUGCUGAUGCAAUCGAAUCUCUGAUUCAUGUCCUCCACACGGGGAGUUCUGAGGCUAAAGAAAACUCUACCGCUACACUUUUUAGCCUUUAUGUGAUCAAGGAUGAUAAGAUGAAGAUUGGGAGGUCUGGGGCUAUAAUCAAUCUUGUGGAUUUACUGGGAAACAGAACUCCAAGGGGCAAGAAGGACGCCGCAACAGCUUUGUUUAACUUGUCAAUACUUCAUGAAAACAAGGUUCGCAUUGUGCAGGCUGGUGCUGUAAAGUUUCUCGUAGAGUUGAUGGACCCCGCUGAUGGGAUGAUUGACAAGGCUGUUGUUGUUUUAUCAAAUCUCGUAACUAUUCACGAAGGAAGAGCAGCGAUUGGUCAGGAAGGAGGGAUUCCUGUUCUGGUUGAGGUUGUCGAGCUGGGAUCCACAAGAGGGAAGGAGAAUGCAGCUGCUGCUGUGUUGCAAUUAUGCACUAACAGUAGCAGGUUCUGCAACAUGGUUCUCCAGGAAGAAGCCGUACCUCCGUUAGUAGCAUUGUCACAGUCUGGCACCCCAAGAGCCAGAGAAAAGGCUCAGGGACUUCUUAGCUACUUGAGAAACCAACGGCAUGGUAAUUCGGGGAGGGGCUGA